AUGCUGAGCCUCCUCCGUGCCCUCGCUCCCCCUGCUCUGUCGCGCAGCCUACUGGAAGGCGAGGGCAGUCGAGUCUACUCUCUGCGGGAGACUCAUUCUCUCGGUUCCUCGCAGUCUCUGAAGGACGAAGCGUCCGCGUCUUCACGCUUCCCUGCGGCAGGCUGCCUUCCACACGCGCGCGCGGCCGUCGGCUGGUCACUGGCCUGUCUCGCUCUCUCUCCGCGCACCGCUAGGGGGACACGGGCGCUCGCGCCGUGCUCUGUGGAGCCUCAGAGGCGCCUCACCUUGUGGAGCAGCCUGCGGCUGCCGCGGAGAGAGACAGCGAAUCGAGGCGCGCGCGAAGACCUCCGCAGCUCGCCCGCCGUUGCGCGCCAGCCGUCGCCCGGUGACCGCCUCGCGCCUGGGGGCGCCAUGACGCUCGAAGGCGUCGUCGCAUCCGCGGGGGCGAUCGGCCCCGCGGGCGCGGCGUCGGCGUUGGGGGGCCCGCCUGUCUCCUCGCCGUCGCCUGCUUCGGGGGCGCCUGCGCCGCACUGCGUCUCUUCGGUCACGCCGUCGCAUGCGAAGACCGUCGCAGGCGCUCAGACCCGCCGGAAGUCGGAGAAGGGCGCGGGCAGCGCAGCCGGCGCGGCGCUCUCGCCAAGUGCCGCCGCAGGAAAAAGCCCGAGCUUCAGCGGGGGCUCCGGGAACUCCCCGCUCCUCGCGGGGGCUGCAGGGACCAGCAGACCCCACCACCACGGGCCCGCGGCGGCGCCCCUGCCGCCGAGCGCGGCGGCCGGCCAGGGGGGCCCGGAGGGUCGGCGCAGGAAGGAGACCAACAAGGCGUCCGCGCUGGCCUCGAGCAACGUCCAGUGGCACAGUCACUUGAGGUUUUUGAGCCAUUUGCCGCCCUACGACCGCUCUGUCAUUCCCAUGUGCUCCUUCACAGUUGAGGGCGUCCCCAUUCUGAAGCGACCCCAAGGUCGCCGGCAGAAGGGAGGCAACGAGGAGGUUCCGCUGCAGACUCGCAUCGUGAUGGAUUUCCAGCAGGACCUGGUGCACCCCGCAGUCAUUCGCGUAGGCCUUCAAAUGGGCCGUCGGCGCGUCACAGGCACCAAUGCGCGGACGGUCGCCAUGCUAACGGCCUUUGAGCGAUUCAUUGAGGACUACUGCCCGCCGCCCUACGAGGCAGUGGACAAGCACCUGAAGAUUGCACUCGAUCGCCAGAUCAACUUCAUCACUCACUGCCGGCCGCACAGUCUCUCCAUGGGUGGGGCCAUCCGCUGGCUGAAGAAACGUCUCUCAAGCUACGCGACAAUGCCUCUUCAGGACACGAAAGUCGCCUUAUGUUCUGAGAUCUCGACUUUCAUCAGCCAGCGAAUUCUGGCGGCCACAUGCGCAGUUGCGAAUGUCUUUCAAGAGCAGCUUGCAGAGGACGGAGACUGUCUCCUCGUCUACGGGAAGUCGACGGCGGUGCUGCGGGCUAUUAUUCAGGCAAAAAAGCGAGGGCGGCGCUUCACUGUCGUCGUCGUCGAUUCGCAUCCUCACCUCGCUGGUCAGGCUACUGCGCGGGCGUUUGCGGCGGCCGGCAUCGAGGUCACCUACACUCUCUUGAAUGGUCUGUCGUACCACAUGGAGGACGUGACGAAGGUGGUGCUGGGGGCGGCCGCGGUACUGGCGAACGCGGCUGUGGUCAAUCGGGCGGGGGCUGCAGUCGCCGCGAUGACGGGGAAGCGCUACGCGAAGCCGAUUUUUGUUUUGUGCGAAAGCUACAAGAUGUUUGACCGUAUCGUGUUUGAUUCCUGUUCCUUCAAUGAGUUGGACGAUCCAGAGCUCGUGUGGACGACACCGACGAGUUACUCAUCCUCGGCGAUUGCGCGGAAGGCCGGAGAAUAUGACUCUCUUUUCGCGGAGAGUACGCGGCAGUAUCCGCGGAUGUCGCUGCGCGCGUCGUCCGCGAACGCGCCGCCGGGGUUGAGCAGUCCGCUGAUUCGCGCGGCGUCCUUCCUUUCGAAACCGCGAAAGUCCCAGACGGCGCCUGCGGGAGUGGGAGGCAUAAACGGCGCGUCGAAUGCCGUUCCCGCCGCGUCUCCGGCGGCACAGCCGGCCGCUGCUGGGACGCUCGCCGGCAGCGCAUCUGCGAAGCUACUGAACGGAAAAGUCGAAGUCUCUUUAGGUGCUGGGGGAAAACCUGACGGCAAGCACGCCGGGCUUCUCUGUGGAAACGCCCAAUCGGGGUCGUUUUUCGGCGCAGGCGGAGAGGAGGAGCCCGACGUCCGACCGACAAGCCGAGUGAAGGCCGCGAAAGCGGCCUCUGGUGCCGCAGACGCCGUCGGAGCCGCGUCCCACGGCGACGAAAGCAGCUCCGCAGGCUCCGAAGUAUGUGUGAUGAAUUUGUGCUACGAUGUGACCCCGGCGCAGUUUGUUGACUUCGUUGUCACCGAAGACGGCAUCUACCCUGCGUCCAACGUGCCUGCGCUGCUCGUGCGCGGGUCCGGCCGCGCGGGCGGCGCAGUGCUAGACUAG